AUGCUGCUUGCCUGUGCUGGGGCAGGCUCAUCCAAGGGCGUCCCAGGAGGUAAAAGCCCAGGCUGUAUUUAUAAAGGCGAGGCAGCGAUCACCAGAGUACUCACGUGCAGAAGUCGCACGAACGCAGUGGUUUUAUUGCAAGCGAUCUCAUCCGAAGACACGCCGGUCAUGAUCGAUGCAUUGGCUUCUCGCCUCUCUGCUCGUGCCUUGCAGCAGGUUCGCUAUUUCUCCGUCGAUAAUCCGUCAGCAAAAAUGUGGCGAUGCGUCCGGCAAAUAUGUCCCAAUUUACAUGUUCUUGCGUUGGACCCUGUCCAUCUUCCAAUGACAUGCGAAUAUGCUUCGAGUCGGCGCAGAACCGCUUGCACCCGAGCGCUGCGAGGCAUCAUGCAGAAGUUCACAGCUCGAAGCUCUAGCUGCGACGCAAGCACAUGGGGGCCGGUCUUCACUGGCGAAAACACACGGGCCUUCACACGUGAAGAAGAACGAGCACGCCUACAGAUCGAAGACAGGAGUAUGUCCCUGAAGACCGCCAACAAAAUCCUGCAUGACUUGAAUCCCGGGGAACCAUUUUGGGAGCGCAUCGAGUGGAUUCGGAGUCUCGCAGCUUUGGCGGCCGUGUAUCGUGCAGAAGUGGAACGCAUUUGUCCUGGCCCAAACAGGAAAAUCUACGAGCUCCUGCACACUGCCGCGGCCGCUCCGCGAACGGAGUGGUACUUCAACAAUCUCCGCAUGCGACAUAUGAUCGCAGAGGCUCGCCUGAGCCUUCUUCCGGUAGGGACCACCUCUAUUGAGGCACUUCAUCAUGAAGGCAACACGCCCAGUAAGGCUGAACUGCGGAUUCAGCCGCAGCUAGCAGGAGAGCGUGCCUUGGUGAAAGCAGCAGCGCACAAGAAACCAGCUGCGGCCAACCAAACGACUCGGAAGCGGCGCAUCACGCCGAAUACCUUGACGCGAGAAGACAAUCUUCGCAGAGCCGGCGUGCGUGGCAGGAAACCUGUCGUCUGA